CUCUGCCGCUGGGGACGUCCACCCACCGUCCUUCUCUUCUCCGUAUUUUUUCUCUUCUCCAUCAUCGAGUCGACUCCUGUGCCUGCCUCCCCCCUCUCGCCCGCAUCAUGUCGUCCAAGUGGUCGGGCGGCUCGCUGCUGCGUGUCCCGCUGGGUCUGGUGAACAGCGAGGACAAGUACCUGACGGCCGAGGCAUUCGGCUACAAGAUCAACGCGUCGGCCGUCAGCCUGAAGAAGAAGCAGACGUGGACUCUGGAGCAGGACGGCGACGACGGCAGCGACUGCGGCGCGGUCUUCCUCCGCUCCCACCUGGGCCGCUACCUGGCCGCCGACCGGCACGGCAACGUGACGGCGGACAGCGAGGGGCGCGCCGGCGCCGACUGCCGCUUCGUCCUGGCGGCGCAGCCGAACGGUGGCUGGUCGCUGCGCUCCGAGCCGCACGGCCGCUACCUCGGCGGCACGGAGGACCGCGUAGCCUGCCACGCCCAGGCCGUCACACCGACCGAGAUUUGGAGCGUCCACCUGGCCGUGCACCCGCAGGUGAACCUCUACAGCGCGGCGCGGAAGCGCUUCGUCGGGCUGAGCGGCGCCCGCGGCGAGGUAUCCGCCGACCGCGACGCUCCCUGGGGCGUGGACGCGCUCAUCACCCUGGUGUACCGGGACCGGCGCUACCACCUGGGCACGGCCGACAACCGCUUCCUGCGGAGCGACGGCGGCCUGGCCGCAGCCCCCGGGCCGGACACCGGCUACGUGCUGGAGUUCCGCUCCGGCAAGGUGGCCUUCCGAGAUGCGGCCGGCCGCUACCUGGCGCCGUCCGGCCCCGCCGGCACGCUCAAGUCCGGGAAGGUGUGCCGGGUCGGGAAGGACGAGCUCUUCGGCCUGGAGAGGAGUCACGCGCAGGUGGUGCUCACCGCCGGGAAUGGCAGGAACGUCUCCACCAGGCAAGGCAUGGACCUGUCGGCCAAUCAGGACGAGGAAGGUGACCAGGAAGUCUUCCAGCUGGAGAUGAGCCCCGAGGACAGGAAGUGCUCCUUGAAGACGUCAGCCGGCAAAUGCUGGACGCUGACGCCCGCCGGCGGGUUGCAGUGUGCCGAAGCCGACAAGUCUGCCAACACUUCCUUCGAACUGGAGUGGCGCGACGGUCACGUUUGCGUACGUGCGGCGAACGGAAAAUACGUGACGGCUAAGAAGAACGGACAACUCGCCGCCACUGUCGAUAACAAAGGGGACGCGGAACAGUUCUUCGUGAAGCUCAUCAACCGGCCCCUCAUCGUCCUUCGCAGCGAGCACGGUUUCAUCGGCGCCCGCAAAGCCGGCGGCGCCACGUUAGAUUCCAACCGGGCAUCCUAUGACGUCUUCCGCCUCCACUUCCAGGACAGGGCGUAUGCCCUCCAAGACUGCGAGGGCAAGUGGUGGCGCGCGGGCGAGGACGCAACGGUGUCGUGCAGUGCCGACGGCGUGGGGGCUCGCUUUCUCUUUGAGUUGUGCGACGUGGACAAGAUGGCGGUGCGUGUGGUGGGGGGCAAGUACCUGAGGGGCGACCGCGCCGGAGGCCUCAAGGCCAGCGCCGACUCCGUGGAGGGCGCCACCCUCUGGGAGUACUGAGCAAGCACAGCCCGUGUGUGUGUCGUCGGGACUUUGAUUUGGAGGUUUUUUUUUUCCCGAAAACGGAUGAGUUGGAAUUUAUCAUUUCAAAAUGAGGAUAAGCGCUACAGAAAAUGAUUAUUUCCAUUUGCAUCCAAUUGUUUUAGUUUUUUUUUUAAGUACAUACAGCUCAUCAAAUAGCUAGUUAACUGAGUUUUGGUGAAAUAUAAAAAGGGUAAA